CCCAGAGAGCACUUGGCAAGAAGGUAAGGUGCCUGGGGUGCCCUGGGCUAGAAGAUGACCUCGUCCCGAUGUGGGAGGGGACACCGAGCUCUGGGUCUCCAACUGCAUUGGGUGGCAUCUCAUUGUUUCUUCUGUCUGUCCAGUCCCAUCAGAACAUGGAGGUGACCGGCUCGCUCCAAAUGGAGCAGCACACCAACAGCGAGCUGGCCACGAAACUCGGUCAGCUGCAGGAGAAGCUGACAGAGCUAAAGGAGCUGGUGGAGGAGAAAUAUCAAGAGGCUCAGGAGCUGCAGCAGCAGCGGGACCAGUACUUUAGUCACCUUCAGCAGUACAUGGCCGCCUACCAGCAGCUCAUGGCCGCCUACCAGCAGCUGGCCAAUGAGAAGGACAUCCUGCAGAAGCAGGUGCUGCUUAACACCCAGCUUGUCAACUGGAUGCAGCAUGAAGAAGAGCAGGGCAAGAUGGAGGUCGAGUUGGCCCGCCAAGAGCUGCUGGAAACACAGGUGGGGCAGUUGGAGUGCCAGACACCCUGUGGCCGCCGAGCAGGAAGACCUGCAAGCAGCAUCCCUUCUCACUCUUUCCUGCCGGCCCCACUGAACCUCCUGGCUCGGACUGGAGAAAUAAAUGGACUGAGCAGUGAGGAGGAGGAAGAGGAGAACAAGGGUCCCCUGCCAAAGCUAAGCAUCCCUGACGACCUAGACAGCCGCGAGGCCACGAUGGCAUUUUGUAACUCAGCCUUGGCCAGUGCUGAGGAAGCGGCACAGCUAUGCGGGCGGCUCAAGGAGCAAAAGCUGCUCUGCCAGUUCCUGGCUCAGCAGACAGCCCCAUGGGACCAGGAGCCCAAGAAGAUGAAGAUCUCUCCCCCGCCACCCUGGGGGGAGAGUGUGCCUGGGGAGACCCACCAAGCCCUUCAGGGAGCCAUGGAGAAACUGCAGGGUCACUUUACCGAGCUCAUGCAGGAGAAAGUGGACUUACAGGACUGGAUGGAGGAGCUGAAGCAUCGAUGUAUCUAGAUGUCUGGAGAGACUGACACCAUCGGACAAUACAUCGCUCUCUACCAGACCCAGAAAGCAGUGAUGAGGAAGGAGCACCGAGAGAAGGAGGAGUCCAUAAGGCAGCUGGCCCAGAAAAAAGAGGAGAUGAAGGUGAAGCUGUUAGAGCUGCAAGAGCUGGUUUUGUGGCUGGUGCAGGUGCACAACGAAUGGCAGGUGAAGCUCCAAGCACCUUCCCAGAACCCUGCUGCUGAGCCCACUAGCGCAUGCGUAGCCCCCAAGGAGCUUGGCGCUGCCAGCGGCCAAGCACGGAGUGAGGUGAGCCUCAUCUACGACUUGCAGCCGACCCAGGGCGAGCCUCAGCUGGGCCUGACUCCCUUCAAGAACACCUCUGUGCAGCAGAUCAUUCAGCUGCUUCAAGAAAUGCAGAACCCCCAGGAAGGAGUCACCAUUGGAAACAGCCCAUGCAUUCCGUUCUUCUACCAGGCUGAUGACAACAAGGUGAAGAUAAUGGUGGUCUAGGCCACCAGCAUGGGCCGGGGGCUCGGCCCCCACCUGGCCCUCACCAACCCAUCCCUGUUCCCCAGGCUUUCCCCCCCUGUCCUUUGGCUCUCCUUCCCAGUCAUCAUUUUAUGCCUUGGCUUAAAAAAGGGGUACAACACCAACACUAAUGAUAAAGGACUGAUCACAAAAAUCUGCAAAGAGCUGAUGAGACUCAACAACAACAAAGAAAAUAAUCCAGUCCAAAAAUGGGCAGAAGAGCUAAGAAGAAACUUCUCUGAAGAGGAAAUGCAAAUGGCCAACAGGCAUAUGAAAAAAUGUUCAACAUCACUUGUCAUCAGGGAAAUGCAAAUCAAAACUACCAUGAGAUACCAUCUCACACCAGUGAGAAUGGCACAUAUUAAAAA